AGGAUGCAGCAGCAGCAGCAGCAGCAGCAUCCUCCUUCUCUCAGAGAGCAGUGCUUUUAGCUCAGCCAGGCAGAGACUCAGUCCCUCCAUUCAGGCAGGAUGCUGCUGUCCGAGCAGAAUUGUAAAGGUGAAAGAGAGCAAAACUAAAAACUCUCUCUAAUAGCUUUUAUUCUUCUUUAUUUUUCACUUUCAUUUGAGUGAUCGAAGCGGAUGCAGCUUCAGAUCGGCUUCAGAAGUUGGACAGUCAGAGAUUUGCGUGCCAUGACUCUUGGAUUUGGACAUUCUCCAGGCAGCGCGCAGCAGACGGCGUGGAUCGUUUUAAAAAGCAUCACGCGUGUCCGGAGGGCGAUAAAUCAACAUGUGGCUGUUUAAAUAAAAUAAAGGAGGGCAUGGAUGAAUAGUGAUCUCCAUCCGAACAGCUGAUAUUUACAGUUAUGGAAUGAAAACACUAUCCUAAGAUAUAAUGGAUGAGAGAUCCAGCAAGCUCAUCUUGGUUCCCAUCUUGGCUGUCCUUUUUGUUAUGAUAGGUUAUCAGUACAUAUGUCCUGCGGGCAGCAAUUCAUGCCACUUUAAGUCCGGGGAGAGAUUCAGAGGGGUGAGCCUGCUUUCCUCCCCUUAUCAGGACGCGGACGACUUCUACAGAGAUCCCGAUCUGGACGAUGACGGUCCGCCACGGCUGCCGUACAAAUUCAACUUCACCGAGAGAGACCUGGACAGGCGCGUGGAGUUCAACAUCAAAGGAGACGACGUGAUCGUGUUCCUGCACAUCCAGAAGACCGGAGGGACCACUUUCGGUAGGCACCUGGUGAGGAAUAUCCGAUUGGAACAGCCGUGCGACUGCAAGCCCGGCCAGAAGAAGUGCACCUGUCACCGGCCGGGCAAAGAGGAGUCCUGGCUCUUCUCCCGGUUCUCCACAGGCUGGAGCUGCGGGCUGCACGCAGACUGGACCGAGCUCACCAACUGCGUCCCGGUGGUGAUGGAUAAGAAGGAGGCCCAGAGGAAUAAAAGGAACUUCUACUAUAUCACCAUGCUGCGAGACCCAGUCUCCCGCUACCUGAGCGAGUGGAAACAUGUCCAGAGAGGAGCCACAUGGAAGACAGCACUCCAUAUGUGUGAUGGACGCUCACCGACCCAGGAUGAGCUGCCUACCUGUUACAGUGGCGACGACUGGUCUGGUGUCACCCUGAAAGAUUUCAUGAACUGCCCCUCAAACUUGGCCAACAACCGGCAAGUGCGCAUGCUGGCUGAUCUGAGCUUAGUGGGUUGCUACAACCUUUCCUCAAUGAAUGAGAGCCAGCGUAACCACAUCCUUUUGAGCAGCGCCAUGAGCAACUUGAAGAACAUGGCGUUCUACGGCCUGACUGAGUUCCAGCGCAAGACGCAGUACCUGUUUGAGCGGACGUUCAGCCUGCGCUUCAUCUCCGCCUUCACGCAGAUUAAUAGCACAAGGGCGGCCAACGUGGACCUGAGCGAGGCUGUACGCAGGCGCAUCGAGGAGCUCAAUUUCUUGGACGUUCAGCUGUACGAGUAUGCGAAGGACCUGUUCCUUCAGCGGUUCCAGUACACCCGGCAGAGGGAGCACCAGGAGGUGCGCUUGAAGAGGCGUGAGGAGAGACGCUGGUUGAGGGAGCAAAGGGAGCAGGGCAGGCCAUGGCCUUCUAAACACAAAGGGAGAGUUUUUGAGAAACAAACUGAAAAUGACCUGCCCACUACCACUGAGGAUUAUACGAGCCAAGUGGUCCGUUGGUGAGGCUCCGUUAAACAGAGAGCUGCAACAGAUGAGAUGUUAUGUCUCUUGUACAUCGUAGGACUCUCUUUGUUCUUCACCAUUAUUCCAUCUACCGCAUCAAUCUGUUAAGUUUGGUAUUAGAGCUUUGUUUCAUUUAGAAUAUUCUGCAUCUUUUGAAGUCUUGGAGAGCCUUUAGUGUCUUAUACUUUUAAAUGCUGUCCAAACAUUGUUUCAUUUAACUACUGCCUUAGUUUUACUUUGCAAAAGGAUAAUGCAAACAAAAAGAAAAGGCAGACGGCAGUGAUUUUGAUAUUCACAGGAUGUUUCUGAAUGUCUUUGAGGUUAAUAUUAUUGUGCCAGCAGCUUUCACUACAACUGAAUUUAUAUAGUUGAGUCCCAGGCAUCAUAUGUGGAUGGAAAAAGUAGCUUUGGACGUCUGUUUUUAUUUUUUAAAACAUAGAAAAUGGAAUACAGAGUUUAUCUAUCUAUAAAACAAAGCAUUUCCUACAUCUGUUGUUCACUCACCCCGCUACCCAGAUUCAGCUGUUGAAAUCUAAAGUAUACAAUUAGUAAGGAAUAUAAAAAGGUUAGAAAAAUGGAAGAUUAAGUAGAGUCAUGUGGUUGGCCUUUUUCUUUCCUCUAAGCUGCUUUAACUGGAUAAUGUUGCUUGCAAAGAAUUUUCACAGAGCUUGAUAUGAUGUGUCUGCCUGCCAAUCAAGCCCAGCGAUUUACAAGGCAACUCUUUUAAGGUCAUGCUCUGUUUUCAUGGGUACGACUUGUAUAACUGUAAUAUAUGCUGUCCGCAAUGCUUUGUUGAUCCAAGGCAUCUGGAUUUUUUCUUACAAACUAAGGACCUGAUUAUCAAGGAUUACAAAUAAGGAGGGCUAAACUGCUUGUGCACAGAAACCCCAACUGACUGUAGAAUAGUGGGCAUGUUGUGGUUGAUCUAUAAAAAUUGCAUGCUCAGAAGAUAACAGGUACAACACUGGUUAGGGUCACCCGAUUUAUGAGAGGAAGUCUUGUGUGCUACUUGCAGUUCUGGGAAACAAGGUAACUGUAAAAGAGAGAUUACUUUAACUCAACUUUCAAAGACAUUGAUUUGGAGGUAAUAACAAACAGUAGUAAUGGAGAAAUAGUUACAAUGAUAAUAACAAAUAUUAUGCACUUUUCUUAUUGUUUUCUUAUAGUAUUGCAAACUGCUACACAAUUCAUAAAAAAGGAAAAUUUCAAUAAUAUAUAUUGCAUUUGAAAUGUUAAAUAGUCAUAAAACUUUGAAAAGCUUACUUUGUCAGCCGAACUUGCUCAGACCCUUUUGCUAUGUUUGGCAUAUUUAUAGUUAGAUUAAACUAUAAAUGGCUGUAUAUACUCUUAACCUAAAAUAGUUUUUGCCUUUAUUAAUAUACAGAACAUAUUUAUGAAAAGUAAGAUGAGCAGACUGAUAGGAGGAGGAUUUUCAAAUAUUAUUCCUUGCAACCAACAGACAUUUUUCACACCUGAAACUCACUGCAGGUGCAGUGUUUGCAUUUUUAUUUAGUAAAAAUUAGGUGCAAACCCAUAAACAAAAAUGUUUGCAGUCAUUGUGCCUAGGAAGAAGGCAGCGGUAUGAUAACAGAUGAUGAAGAGAGAUAUAAAAAAAGAAAUAACAAAAGUAGAAUAGGAUUAGUAAGGAAAAAACAUCCUCAUGGGACAGAUUAAUACAAAGGGAAGCAAACAAUUUGUACGUAAAUUUAUUUAUUUUUUUUCUCUUUUCCUUGAUUGUUUUUUUUUUUAAAUACCUAUAUGAAUAUAUUCAUUAUUAUCGGCCUAUAGUACCUUUUAAGCAAAUUUUGGUCAAGAAGGGUUUGUAAAAGUGGUUGAAGGUAAAUACAGCUGUUUAGAGUUGAAAAAAGCUUAUCUGGGUAUAGAUUGGAUGCAGGAGGACCCAUAAACACAACUUUCUCAGGUUUUAUUAUUAACAUGUUAUAUUUUAACUGUACCUCUUAUUGUUUAAAUGUUUUUUUUUAUUUUUCGACUGUUGUAUGUAACUCUUGAGAUAUUUAUGUUUAGAUUAUGUUAUGAGAUUAUUCAUUAUUCUUUUAAUUCUCAUUACAGUUUUUUGUUAACUCCAACUUCAUGGCUGCAAACACCUUAACACUACCCUGUUCCACCGCUGCCAGUAGCACACACACUUUCUGCAUUUAACAAGGGUGGUCCAAACUGGUUCUGACUUGUUUUAGUGCACUCUCAAUCUUAGUGGGUGACCACAUGCCUAAAUACACCUGAAGCUCAUGUGCUCCUUAUUUGAACUCUUUGAAUAUUAGGCUUAUAAUGUACUGAAAGUAACUGUGAUUUUAUGACACCUUUAUAUAAUAUAUAACAGUGGGACAUCACUUUUGGUCACAUUAUUUUGAUAUUUUUCCAUAAAGGUCAACUGAUGCAAAUUGAAUCAGAAACAACAUCAAUUAAAAUAAUGUAUAAUGUGGAGUUAUACAUGAUUACACCUCCCUGUACAUGGUUGUUUAUCCUUUAUUUCAUGAAAACACUACAAAGUAAGUAAAAAUUUAAAUAAACUAUCAAGAAAUUGUAUAAGCAGGUAUGUACAAAACUGAAGAUAGAAGUUGUGAAACAGCAGUGCAUCUGUCUAAAAUGGGUAGCUUCAUUCUAGAGAGAACUACUGUUGCACUUCAAAGCUGCUUACAUUUAAAUAUGAGGUAUAAGUUUGGGACUGACUAUAUGAUUCCAAAAAAGCAAAAAAAAAAAUAAUAAUAACUAACAAGAAAAAUGCAAUUUAAGAAAGGAGCUUUUAAGAUCUUUUCAUUUAAAAGAAAAGCUUUGAUUAUAUUUGAACAGCUCUUGGAGUUCGCCAUUUUUUCUGAUUUUAUCUUUUCAAAAUGUUCAAGGUUGGUAAAUUUAAUUUUCAGAUCCUAGAUAAAAACAAAAAAUAUAUAUAUAAAUCAGAUGUUUCCCCUUUAUUUUUUGUGUUGUAUUCUUUCAGAUUUUAUUAAUUUUUCUUGAAGAAAACAAUGUACAAAUUACAUUCCUUUCAAUUGAUAGAGGUCCUUUACUUUUCUGGGCUUUUUCUGAAUGGUGUCAUAAAGCUAUAAUUUGUUAGAUGAUAGCAACCACAUAUCUAUGUGUGUGCAAAUGUGGCCAUUUUUAUUGGUCUCGCUGGGACACAAAGUUAAAGUAUAACCCUGCCCCCAUAGAAAUUUGAGAAAGAUGUCACUAGUGUGGGAAGCGCAUAAAAGCCACUGAGGGAGAG